AUGAGUAUUACUGCAAAUGUGUGCUAUGAGGAACUAAACACAAUAAUGGGUAAGCUCGCAAGUCUCCAACCAGCUUUGGUCAAUCACUCGGCUCCACUGCUCCUGCUUGACAACGCGCGACCUCAUACUGCACAGCAGACGGUCUCCAAGUUACAAGAGCUGGGGCUGGAAGUUCUCCGUCAUCCACCAUACUCACCAGAUCUUGCCCCUACAGACUUCCACUUUUUGUAUAAUUCGGAUAACUUUUUGGCGGGAAAAAAAUCAUUACCCCGAGAGGCAGUACAAAAUGCCUUUGAAGAGUUUGUUGCUUUCCGUCCAGCAGAAUUUUUCAAGAAAGGCAUCAAUAAGUUACCACUACGUUAG